GUGACACCAUGGAACCCAUCUCUGUGCAAGGCCAGCUCGUCCAUCAGCGCAAGCUUUCGCGCAAGUGCUCCUUCUUCGACCUCGUUGUCGGCAGCGCGCGUGUCGAAGCCAUUCUCAAGAUCCAAGACGACAUGUCUGUCGACGACGUGAAGGCCCUUCGCAGCCGCCUCGUGCUUGGCGACGUGAUCCAAGUGGAUGGCGUCCUCGAGACGCUCCCGGCGGCAACCCAGCCGUUUAGCGAGUCGCCUACGGGCUACCUCUUGCACGCUAGAGACAUCACGGUGCUCACGCCAUGGAAGGAAGCGCAGCCUGGCAAGACGUUCACGCCGCUGCCCGCAACAACAGUGGCGACAACAACAACAUCGAUGUCAAAAGCAACGCCGCUUGUGUCCAAGGAGACGCAGGCAACUGUGCCGUGCAAGUUUUGGAUCAACACGGGGCGGUGCCACAAGGGCGCGGCGUGCCCCAUGCGCCACGACGACGUCAAGGAGCUCAAGGCGCUUCGGAAGGCCUGGCUCGCCGACCGCCUGCACAAGAAACGACUCGUCGCCCACCAAGCCGACGACCCGACCGAUCCCCACGCCAAGCAAAGCAAGCACUGCCGGGCCGGCAUUUUCGCAAAGUGGCUCGUCGACACGUUUGGCGUCGACGUCCUUCAGAGUGGCUCUGGCGUCAUGGACGUGGCAGGAGGACGCGGCGGCGUCUGCUUUGAGCUCUGGCAUCAGCACAAGGUCCCGACAACGCUCGUCGAUCCGCGGCCAAUGAAGUACACGAAGCGGCAGCACCAGUACCUCCAAGCCCAUCCCAACGAAGCCCACGUCACCCAGUGGCUCGAGCUCUUCGAGCACGCAUCGUAUGUCGGCGACGCAGCGGACGACGUCAAAGUCCAGCACAUGCGUCACGUGUCGCUGGUCCUCGGGAUGCACCCGGACGAAGCCACGGACGUGAUCGUCGACGUCGCCCUCGCCUACAACAAGCCGUUUGCGAUCGUGCCCUGCUGCGUCUUUGCCGAUCAAUUCCCGCACCGACGCACGCCCGGCGGCGACGUCGUCACGACCUACGACGAGCUCGUCGCGUACCUCGUCGCCAAGCAUCCGGGCAUUCAAACGACGUUCCUUCCAUUCGAUGGUCGGAAUCGCGUCGUCUAUUACCGGCCGUCGACUUAAACAGCAACGUUUUCAACCUUGCACUCGGUGCCGACUGGCAACACGACUUUACAAAAC